AGGAUAGUUGAAUAGAUAGAAAUGCAGGAGGUGGAGAAGUACGUACGGGAGAUUCAGCAGGAGACCUCCAAUGAUGAGUUGCACUGGUUGAUACUGUCGAUAAUCAGUCCCGAGUUUCCUCAAAUUAUCGAAGCGCUUGAAAUAUGUUCUAAUUUACUUUUAUAUAACACUCCCCAGCAUCCAGAUGCUGCUAAGCAUAUAGAAAGAGGUCCUUCUAUUAAGUUACCGGUGUCGUCUACCAAGCUGGAAGCAUUGAAAGGUAUUAUAGUGAGGGACGGGGCAUACGUUACUCAAUUGACGGUAUUAUUGAAGGAACGCCAUUUUAAUAGAGUGUUACAUCGAUUAAAUCUUAGUAAACCAAUUCUUCUAUCGCAAAUAAUCACUGCCAAAAGAUCCAUCGAUAAUGCAAUAGAUAUAAUCAAUACUUCCAAAACAAUCUUGGGGGUUCAACACGAAGAACAUGAAAAUCUGCACGUUAGUUUAAUCGAACAGUUUAAUCAAUUGUUGAUUGAAAUACAAACCGCUAAAAACAGUUUGCAGCUUCCAACAAAUCCCUCGUUAGUAUUCCCGGUAAAUGUGACCCCAGCAGACGCUUUUGACCCAGAACUCACGCCGGAUAUUGCAAUUGAUCUCUACAUAAGUCAAGCAGAAGUUUGUAUAGAUUUGAAAAAUCUUCAUCGGGUGCAAGAUAAACCUUGGUGUGAGAUUGAUGCUAACUCUGGUAAGUCUUACGUUGACAAAAUUAGAGAUGAAAUGAAAUUACCUACAACUACUGCCCACUCAAGCAUAUCAACAUCGUCCAAUUCAACCCCUGUUCCCUCUCAACCUUUGAAUAUUGCCGAUAUACAACAUCGUUUACAUCAACUUUCUUCGUCAUCUUCGGCCCCAAAUGAUUUGGCUCAUCCUCAACCACAAACCCCAUCUAAUCUUUUCAAUAAUAUGUUGAAUCAUUUGCUGAUCCGCCCAAAAUUCGACCCAGUUGAUUAUAUUACAAAAUGCAUCACUUAUAACGAUCUGGUUGUCAUGAUCAAUAAAAAAAUUGAAGUAUCGUCCCCAGACCCAGUUUUGGUAAGUGCGUUCACUAAAUUAGAUUCAAUCGAAUACUUGAUCAGCAACUUUCUUGAAAAUAUUCAUAAAAUCAUGGAUGCAUCUUCCACUUAGUCUUCUUCCAGC